AAAACCCUCAUUCUACUGCAAGCACACUGACAGGAGAGAUAUUUGACUUGCUACAUGACUGUGAAUUAAUGUACGUUUCCAACUGUGAACAUGGACCUGAGUGGAAAAGACCCUGGGCCACCAGAGCAGCCUGCUGAAGGCAGUCCUCAGAUGGAAGGGAAGAUUCCUGCAGGUACCACUGAGGCAAGUGAUGCCCACACUGUGACGACCAAACCUGAUAAGAAGAAGGGCGAGAAAGAGAAGGUGAAAAACCAGAAGGGAAAUGGAAAGGAGAGGAAGUCAGGAGGCUGGCGUGCCACACUUCUGAGAUGCUUUGUGUGUGGAGGAGGAGGAGAUAGCCAUGAAGAGAGGGAGAUGGCAGCGCAGGAGGAGAGGUUGAGGAUUGAGGAGAGGAUCCGGAAAGCAAGAGAGGCCGACCUGCAGAAGUUUCUCAAGGUGCGCAAAGUCAACAUAAAGCACAGAGUGAACUUCAAGCGCAUGCUGAGGCGCAGGAAAAUGACAGAGGCCAACAAAGAGUGGAGCGCCCUUCCCCCGAGGCCGGAGGAGGAGGCGGCGGACGGGAAGGUCUCUUUCAGGGAAGUCGACGCCUGCGACGUCUGGUUUUACCAGGAGGAGGCCAACCCAAGACUGGGCCAGGCGUGGAAGAGGGUACUGCAGGAAAUCAAAAACAACGAAAUGGCAAGAGCCCUUCAGGCAAAGUGGCUAAUAAAGGAGAAACAGCUCAUGAAGACUGAGAAAAAGCAGGAGAAACAGCUUAAGAGUGAGGAAAAGAAGCUCAUCGCCGCGCCUCAAAUGGAGGAGGAGGAAAUAGAUCUCUUUUGUGAAAUUUUGAUGGCCGCCAUGUUGUGCCUGGGCUUUGGAGUACUCCUCUACUUAUGGCUCAGCCUCCUGGAGUGAAAUAGAAAAGAACAUGGGGAAGGGGAUGGGAUGGAAUUCAAUUGGCUUGAAGAAAAAGGAAAGAAAUAACACGUAUACUGUACACACAGCACAGGAUGAAAAUGAAGAAUGGGAAAACUUAUUGAACAAAAAUGUAAAAAAAAAAAAAAAAAAAAAAAGGGGGUGGAUGUUGUGAAGGAUAUGGAAAAGAAUAUAAUCAGGGCUGGAUUUUUAAAACAUAAUAAUAAUUGGAGCACAUUGGAAAGAAAAAAAUUGCACACUAAUUCACAAGGAGUAUGUCAAAGAAGCAGAAUCUGGGUCAAGUCAGAGUCAAAAUCUGCCAGUCAGAUGACCCGAAGAAAACUGUAGAUCAUGGAGGAGUAAGACAGAGUGGAAGAGGAGAGGACGAAUGAGGAACAGAGAAAAUGAGGGGGAAAUGAAAGAAGAGUAGAUGUAUAGAGCAAUACCAUACGAGAAAAGAAGAGAUUGAGAGAGCUGAGUACUGCAUAGCUCUGGCAUAGACCUGCCCUUGCCUGGCCUGGUGGUAUGACAGACCAAAAGCCAUCAGAUAUGGUAACCUGGCCCCCUGGCCAGUGUCGGAUGCAUGUGAUGGUGUGUGUUUGGCGCCACCCUCAGGUGACUCAAAACCACAAGCAGAUAGUAGACAGACAGGCAGGGUAGCACCUGGCCCAACCCCCUUCCAGGUUGCCAGCUAAGGUUCAAGAAAAAAAUGAGACAACGGCAGGAUUCUACCAAAAGCGAAGAAUCUGCCUAGAUGAUGCACAGGGUGCACAGAAUGGCAGAGGAGAGAGAUGACAUGCGAGGAACAGAAAUAAAAGAAGAACAAUAGAAAAGAGGAGGAAGUAAAGGGAAGUUGAGAGGUCAGAUAAAACGAAGAUUAUGUACUAUAUAACCACGGUUCAAUGAUUUCCGGAUGACCGCCAGGCGGUGCUUUCCACAGAUAUUGCCGGUGUCGAGGCGCUAUUGGCACAUGGAAAUACGCAUCCAUAAGGUCCACGGAGGUGAACCAGUCACCACUCCUGAUGCCUGACAGCACGUCGUCCGUGAGCAGCAUCCGGAACUUCAGCACUUUGAGGUGCCUAUUCAGGAGCCUCAGAUUGAGAAUGGGGCAAAGCCCACCCCCUUUCUUGGGAAUUAUAAAAUAUGUGGAAGAAAAACCCAAAGGAGGGCUCGAACCUCCUGGCACAGGGGCAGAGCUGUGAUGUCGUCUCUGACCCUGGUCACCCAUGCGCCCCGGAACCUUACCGAUCGUGACCCGAAAUGGAUGUUGUACCCGUGAGAUACAACUGACAACACCCAAGUGUCUGAUGUGGUGGCUUCCCAGUGUGCAAGCUGCCGACUGGUGAAGCGACCGACUGCCGACGGGGGGCAGUCAUUGGCGGCGUCAGGCGGUCCUCUCCGACCGGGCCCGGGGCAUAGAUGGUUGCUGUCAAAAUCCCACAGGCUAUGCUGGCCGAGGCUGCGAGGUAGGAGGUGGUCUCUGGGGAGGCUGGCAUCCAGCAGUGCUAGGCCUCCGACUGUGGGCAGGGAUCGGGCGAAGACUAGAAAAGUCCCUCCUGGCUUGUGUGACCUGAACGCUGCGUUGCAGCGCGUCCUGGGCGGGCGGCCUAAGAGGUGACCAGGAACCACCAGCAUCGAGCGGAGGGCCCUCCUGCACGAUUCCGACAGAGGCGACUGAACAAGUCAGACCUGUCGCCUCGCCAUGGUCAGGUUGGACAUGACCCUGCCUUGUUCCCUGGCCAUAUAGGCAAAUGCCUGUAACAGCGUGUCCGAGAGAUCCUGCACAGACGAGUCGACCUCCGAAGCCUGGAGGGACUGUGACAUGGCCAACAGAAGUUGAGACAUGGAGUUACCUAUGCACACAGCGCGUGCCACUGUGUCAUAGCCCCUGCAGAGUUUCAUCCAUGAUAUGGCACUUCGGCCGUGGGCAGCAAGCAUCCGGUCUCAAGGCCUCGUCCGGUGAGAUGAUCAGGGCAGGCAGCGUAACAGGCAUGGAGUCAAGACCAUAGGUGGAGGCCUCCUGCAUAUUGGCCAAGGCCCGAUCAUCGCUAGUCCUGUGUGCAAAGUGCCUCGGAUCCGUCCAACAUUUGUGCAGUUCCUCUAUAUACAGGGCUGACAGGGGGACGCAGAAUCCUGCCCGAUUCCGCCGGGGGCACAUCCAGGUCUAAUCGCGCCAGGGCCACCUUCAGGGUGGGUCUCACCACCAAGCCCUGGGCUCGCACAGAGCCCCUCGGGGAGCUCUGGGCAGAGGUAAGCCCAGCAUCUCCACCGCCACUACCGUGCGACUGGUCCUCCCAUUCGUCGACCACCGCCAGGUCUUUGAGGCCGCGGUCGAGAGCAUAUCGUCCUCGUGUGCUGACACCGCCGGGGACAUCGCCGGAGGAGGAGCCCUGUCCAUAGACGUCGGGAAAGCCGCCUGAGAGGAAGUCGCUGCAGCUGGUGACUCAGAGCAGAGCCUUGAGUUUGCUAGUGACCAUCUGGCCAUCUCAGUUCCUUUGCUGUUCUAACCUGGACCCCUUACACACCUCCAUUACCGAAAUCAGGGCUGCUGACAGCUUGGACUGAGACUUGGACAGUCCCCUGAAAGCCCCCUUGGAAGUCCCUGACUGAUAUAAUAAACAUAACCUAA